CGCAGUCCUUGAAGAAGGUUUCGGCUCGCGACUUUGACGAGGACGAGGCUGCGGCGACAACCUCAUGGGUGACAUCGUUCACAUCACGAGACUUGGGGUCGUUGAGCAGGUCCUUGACGAAGGCUAGCGAGCGUGUGUGACAUGUCAGCCGACGGUUCCCUGGUGAUGCCUGAUCUGCCUGGCCGUGCAUGGGCUUGCACGCUUGCACGCUUGCUUGCACGCGCGCCAUCAACAACGAUAUUGUGGCUGAACUUAACUGGUUGCUAUGCCACCGGUGGCCAUGAUUCCCCAUUUCAGGUUGUAAGGAGCCAUCCUGCGUGACGUGAUGUCGUGUUUCGGGUUGCGGCAAGGAGCAAGAGUCCGUCGGCUGAAGACAAUGCACAAUGACUGCUCUGUUGGCGGCUUCAGUGGGGAGGGAGAUCUACUGUGUACAUGUGAGGGAAGUCGCGAUAGAGAUAGCGAUUCCGAUACACGCAGCUGGCACACAGCAACAACAGGCUGAGGCAGCGCGGGGUAACCCCACGCACUCUGGCAGAGCUCCAGCUUGAUGACGAUGUUGCUUCUCCACACUAUGCCCCUCUCUCACUGCGGAACUCGCCCCUCCAUCCUGGCGGUCCGCUUUGCCGUUCGGAGUGAGCGAGAGGCUCCUAACAUGAACAAUAGAUACGCCAAUAUCGGCGUCAUAUGUCUCGAUCCCAUCGCCAGGCACCCAGAAGACUGAGGUACCUCGAGAACAUGGCCGUAACCGGCGAGAUGGGACUAUGCCGCUCAACCAACAGUCCCGGGAACCAUGGGCAUACAUGCACUCCCUGAAUUUCUCCUGCUCUCGGCACACAAGCAGUAUCAGACUGGAGAGCAUCUCGGAGAAGCUCAAAGCCAAAAUCGCAGGCGAGUGCUCUACAGCAGAUCGUCCUUCCAAGUGCAAGGCCGACGCACAACGUACCGUGAUUUCGCCGAGUCUCCCUAUCUGUCUCUCUCUUUAUCCGGCUCUCUCCCUUGGCCAACACCUCUGAUGGUGGUUCGAACUAACCGGGGGCCGUCUCGCAAAAAUACCGCUCUCCCUUUGUACUUUUGCCAUCCUUUCCGCGCGGAAUUACACGGCAGCACGGGUUGGCGCUACCCUGCAUACUUGGGUCUUGUUGGUUUUUCCUUCUUCUGCACCCGUCGAAGAAAGGAUGCGCUGAAGCCCACUCACGUGCUCGCAGCUUCCGCGGGAAAAUGAGUAAAAGAAGCAAUUCUGCAUUCCACAGACCAUUUAGUACAUGUGGUCGCCUUGUCACUGUUGGGGGUUAGAGUCACAAGCCAGGAUACGAGGGGGGCAUGGCCUUCCAGACCGAAUGGGAGGAGGGGACGGGGCCAGGCUAUGAUCCGCCCAUACAAUGGGCGCGCCUCACCCUGUCACUCGACCCAUUGGGCUGAGAAGUUAUGGGUUCUUUCUGUGAGUGAAUCGAUGAUAGCCAUCACCGGCUGUACCAAUACAUACCCUCCCAAGCCUCCCAAGGGCCACCGGACCGACUUGCUGUUACUAGACAGCACGACACUGGCAUCAAGGCUUAGCCACCUGCGGACAUCAUGGGCAGGCUGAUCUACGGCACAGCCUGGAAGAAGGAAGAGACCGACAGGCUAGUGUACUGCGCGUUGGAAGAGGGCUUCAGGACAAUUUCCACCGCAGCCCAGCCCAAGAAUUACGACGAGGGCCUGGUCGCUCGGGGAGUGCAAAAGGCCAUCGACGCAGGUGUGGUGUCGCGCCGAGAUGUCUCUAUCCAGACCACGUUCACCCCUGCCCACAGCCAGGCCAUCAAGAAACUGGCGAAGACCACCCUGACAGCUUCCCACCCAGGAUGGCCUUGUCCUCAGGAGACCAGCAUCCCAGGCGACUGCCCAUACGACCCCGCGACCUCUCUGGCCGAGCAGGUCCGUAGCUCGGUGGACUCAUCCCUGAAGAGAUUCGCCCUUGCUUCUGAUAGCCCCGAGGAUGUGUACAUUGACGCCGUCAUCCUACACACACCCUACCCAACCCGCGAGCAUACUGAGACGGUCUGGACCGCCCUCUCGACCUACGUGCCCGACCGUGUCCGCCGGCUGGGCAUCAGCAACGUGGACGACGAGGAGCUGCAGCACCUGCUCGACUUCUGCCGCGGCAAUCCAGCGGUGGCGACGCCCCCAUCCAUCGUGCAGAACAGGUUCCGCGGGUACCGCCGCGACGACAACUUCGACGCCGCCGUGCGCCAGCUGUGCAGGGACAACGACAUCGAGUACCAGGCCUUUGGGGUCCUGAGGGAACAGGCCCUGCUCCAGGACGAGCAGAGCGUCGGCGCCGUGGCUGACAUGGCGUUUGGGAGCCGUGAGGCUUCCCUGUACGCUCUCGUCAUGGCCCUGCAGGAUGACAUGGCCGUCUUGGAUGGCACCUCGGAUCCGUGCACCAUGAGGGCUGACAUUGAUGACGUGCGGCGGAUCGAGCGUUGCGCUAACAGCCCGGAGUGGAAGAAGGCUCUAGAGAGCUUCAAGAAGGGGAUUCAUCACUAGAGCUGCUAGUGAGGUUGUUGGGAAUCCAGGCUCACCAACUCGUUGUGUUUGCCUCUUACAGGCAACAUCCACACGUUGAUGCAACCCUCGGAUUGACUUUAUCUAGUGGAUGUUUUCUUAGCCGACAGGCGCACUUGAUAUCUAGCAUACAAUGACACCCGAUGCCCAAAACACCAGUCAGUACUUUGCGUAGUAUUACACGUUGUAGACCCACAACCAUGCUCCUUGCGCAUGGAAUCUCAAUCUCCUCUCGUUCGUGGUAUCGUUGCGACCAUGCCAUCCUUCGACUGUGCUUCCAAUUCUGGGAUCCGAGACGGGGCUUAAAUGAGUUCCCCUUGGGCCAGAAUUAAAUCCGAAAUACUACUGCAUGGGCCAGUUCCUGGUAGGUUCUGACUUGGCGUUUGUGAAUGUUCCCGUCAGCCACGUGUUCCCGUCACGUAUCAUUGGCAGCGCCACCUCCCAUGUCACAUCUCAACGGUUGGUUGUCGGACGCUUGCCAGCAAGCCUUGCCAUGGUAAUGGUUCUCAAUUUAAGUUCUGGAUGUUGUUCCGGUGUCUGGAAGGCUAGGGUAGAGGAUUUUUAUCAUGGACUGUGUAAGAGCGGGAUGGCAAGAUGGUG